AUGACUCAGCUUCAGCAGAAGCGGAUCUCCAGGGAUCUGGUCCUAGAAGUGAUGCCCCUCCAUUUUUCUGGGACGUUCCUGGGAAACCACGCGCUGGCCUUGAGCUGCCUCCACCAAGUCCACCAGGGCUCCCAUGAGCAGGGCCCAGAGCAGGCUCCUGCCAAGCCUGAGGAGGCAGAGGCCGAGCCCUUCACAGACUCCUCUCUGUUUGCACACUGGGGCCAGGAGCUCAGCCCCGAAGGCCGGCGCGUGGCCCUGAAGCAGUUCCAGUACUACGGCUACAAUGCCUACCUCAGCGACCGCCUGCCCCUGGACCGACCCCUGCCUGACCUCAGACCCAGUGGGUGCCGUAACCUCUCAUUUCCUGACAGCCUGCCGGAGGUGAGCAUCGUGUUCAUCUUCGUCAAUGAAGCACUUUCGGUGCUGCUGCGCUCCAUCCACUCAGCCAUUGAACGCACGCCCCCGCAUCUGCUCAAGGAGAUCAUCCUGGUGGAUGACAACAGCAGUAACGAGGAACUGAAGGAGAAGCUGACCGAAUAUGUGGACAAGGUGAACAGCCAGAAGCCAGGCUUCAUCAAAGUCGUGCGUCACAGCAAGCAGGAAGGCCUCAUCCGCUCCAGGGUCAGCGGCUGGAGGGCGGCCACUGCCCCUGUGGUGGCACUCUUUGAUGCCCACGUGGAGUUCAAUGUGGGCUGGGCUGAACCUGUCCUCACUCGCAUCAAGGAGAACCGGAAGCGGAUCAUCUCGCCGUCCUUUGAUAACAUCAAAUAUGACAACUUUGAAAUAGAAGAGUACCCGCUGGCUGCCCAGGGCUUUGACUGGGAACUGUGGUGCCGCUACCUAAAUCCCCCCAAGGCCUGGUGGAAGCUGGAGAACUCCACAGCCCCAAUCAGGAGCCCCGCCCUCAUUGGCUGCUUCAUUGUGGACCGGCAGUACUUCCAGGAGAUUGGCCUGCUAGACGAAGGCAUGGAAGUCUACGGAGGCGAGAAUGUGGAGCUCGGGAUCAGGGUGUGGCAGUGUGGCGGGAGCGUGGAGGUCCUGCCCUGCUCACGGAUUGCCCACAUUGAGCGGGCCCACAAGCCCUACACAGAGGACCUCACCGCCCACGUCCGCAGGAACGCUCUCAGGGUGGCUGAAGUCUGGAUGGAUGAAUUUAAAAGCCACGUCUACAUGGCAUGGAACAUACCCCAGGAGGACUCAGGAAUUGACAUCGGGGACAUCACUGCAAGGAAGGCUCUGAGGAAACAGCUGCAGUGCAAGACCUUCCGGUGGUACCUGGUCAGCGUGUACCCAGAGAUGAGGAUGUACUCAGACAUCAUUGCCUACGGAGUGCUGCAGAAUUCUCUGAAGACUGAUUUGUGUCUUGACCAGGGGCCAGAUACAGAGAAUGUCCCCAUCAUGUACAUAUGCCAUGGGAUGACGCCUCAGAACGUGUACUACACGAGCAGUCAGCAGAUCCAUGUGGGCAUCCUGAGCCCCACGGUGGAUGACGAUGACAACCGGUGCCUGGUGGACGUCAACAGCCGGCCCCGGCUCAUCGAGUGCAGCUACGCCAAAGCCAAGAGGAUGAAGCUUCACUGGCAGUUCUCUCAGGGAGGAGCCAUCCAGAACCGCAAGUCCAAGCGCUGUCUGGAGCUGCAGGAGAACAGCGAGCUGGAGUUCGGCUUCCAGCUGGUGUUGCAGGAGUGCUCGGGCCAGCACUGGAGCGUCACCAACGUCCUGCGGAGCCUGGCGUCCUGACCCACUUGGGCCACUUCCGGCUGCCUCUUUGCUACUGUGUAGCACCUACUGCAACGCUGCCUGCUGUCCAUGUGGGGUUGGAGUCAGGGGAACCAGGUUAGUGGGCCCCCAAGAAGAGCUUUUUAUUUCCUAUUCAAUUUUCGUGGAGUUUAUAGAAAGACGCUAAUUGGUGGGUGAUGGUAUGAUAUCAAACUAUUUUGCAGUUGUAAAUAGGUGACAAAUGGAAAAUAUUUAUAACUGACAAUAAAAUAUUAUUAAGAAAA